AAAUUUAAUAAAAUACGUAGACAUAUAAAAAAUGAAAAUCAUCAACCAAUAAUUCCCUCCCUCCCUCCUUUCUCCAGUCCUAUCUUCCAUUGGAGCUUUACAAGCUGCAGGUUGAUCUAGAGCUUCAAUUCUCUAAUGACAACGACGACAAACACCAACGAGAGACAGCGAGCUCUUCUCCUCCGCGAUCUUCUGUUGCGCCGCAACCAUGGCAUCCAUCUCGGCUUUCUGGAUUCAAGCUCGAGCUCGCUCCGAAUCGGCGAGAAGCUCUGCGCCAUGUGCAUACCGGUGGUUGGUCUCAUAGAGGCUUUCGUCUUCAGCUUAGCUGGUUGCUUCCAGCACCACCCUCCACGUCAUCUCACCCACGACGACGUCGUUCGCCUCGCCGCCGCCUCCCCAUUCAGUGUGAAUGAGGUGGAAGCUUUGCGAGAAUUAUUUAACAAGUUGAGUAGUUCGAUUCUCGAUGAUGGGUUGAUUCAUAAGGAGGAGCUUAGGUUGGCUCUGUUCAAUACUCAAGUGGGCGAAAAUCUUUUCCUUGAUAGGGUAUUUGAUGUUUUUGAUGAAAAGAAAAAUGGAGUCAUUGAAUUUGAGGAGUUUAUCCAUGCAUUAAGUGUAUUUCAUCCCUGCACUCCUCUUGAACAGAAGAUUGACUUUGCGUUCAGAUUGUAUGAUUUGAGACAGACAGGAUAUAUUGAGCGUGAAGAAGUUAGAGAAAUGGUAGUCGCCACUUUGCUGGAAUCCGGAAUACAAGUGCCAGAUGAAACUCUUGAAGCUAUUGUGGACAAGACAUUCGAAGAUGCUGAUGCCGAUAAGGAUGAUAAAAUUAGCAAUGAUGAAUGGAAGGCUUAUGCAUUCCAGCACCCUACACUCCUAAAAAACAUGACACUUCCACAUUUAAAGGACAUCACCACAGUGUUCCCAAGUUUUAUUUUUAACACUGAAGUCGAGGACUGAAAUGCUGGCAAGUUCGGCUAUGCCUGUGGUUACAUCUUGGAUGCUGAAAUCAAAUUCUGUGUCGCAUUGUUUUGUAGUAGUUCUGUUUGAGCUACUAAAAGUGCCGUAUUGACCUGAUUAUACUGCAUUGAAGGUUCUGCGGUACACCAGCUGGAGAGGCAAUUUUGAGAUUGAGCAAGUGCAAUCCAGCGACAACCUUAGCAAGUUAAAAAAAGACU